AAGCAAAACCAGUGGAUGACAAUUGACAAAGUGAUAGCAAUCUUUAAGGAAUAAAAAUAAAGAGAGAAACCCCCCUCAUGGUGCCCUAGUUGAAGCUGAAGCUGAAGCUGAAGCUGCCUUUCAGAUCUGAAAGAUUCAAAACCCAGAAUUUCUUCAGGUGGGAUUUGUUGGUUGCCCUGAAGUUGUAAUCUAAGCUCGUGCUCGUGCUCGUGCUCGUGCUUAUGUUGAUCUAAGAGAUUUUGUGAUGGAGCUGCGAGGUGGGUUUGCCUCAAUUUCGGGUAUUUGGGUAGUUCGAGUGACCCAACAUGUCAGAUAUUGAUGGGGAUUUUUGUUUACAGGAUAUUUUUUUAUAUUAUGAAGGAUUUGCACUGAAAAAAAUCCGUUUAUUUUGUGAAAUCUAUUGAAUUCCUGUUGUAUAGUCUAUGACUUACUCCUACUAGUGUCAUAGAGGAUUUGAAGAUUGAGGGUUGCAUGUGUUGCUGCUGUUGAGCAGUACUUUAGCAAGCGAUUUCUGAAUUCAGGGGCUGUGUGAGAUAAUUGUGAAGAGACCAACAUGAGUGACAAAUUGUGGGUAAAUGAAAGGGACAAGGCCAUGAUAGAGUCAGUUUUGGGUACUGAAGCAGGCAACUACUUAUUUUCAACUACGAAUAAGGUGUUGUCGGACUUGGUUUCCCCGGCGGGGGACUUGGGUGUGCAGCAGGGUCUUUGCCAGCUUGCCGAAACAUCCAGUUGGAACUAUGCCAUUUUCUGGCAGGUCUCAAGCUUAAAAUCUGGUGGGUCUGUUUUACUUUGGGGUGAUGGGCAUUGCAAGAACCCAAAAGCCGGAACUGCAGAUGUGAAUUCUUCUGGGCAGGGCAAAUCGGGAGUUGAGACGAAAGAGAGGAUGAAUAAACAGGUUCUUCAGAAGCUGCAUACGUGCUUUCACGGUUCAAAUGAGGAUAAUUAUGCAGCUCAAUUGGAUGAGGUUUCAGAUGUUGAGAUGUUGUAUCUCACCUCAAUGUACUUUACAUUUCGAUGUGAUUCAGCAUAUGACCUUGUAGAGUCAUUCAAGUCUGGUAGAGUAAUUUGGGCUUCAGAUAUGGCUUGUUGUCUUAAUCAUUACCAGUUGAGAUCUUUUCUUGCUACAUCAGCUGGGUUCCAGACUCUGGUGUUUGUACCUUUGGAAUCUGGAGUUGUGGAACUAGGAUCUGUCAACUCAAUCCCAGAAGAGAAUGAUAUAAUGGAGAGGGUCAAAACCAUAUUUGGGCUUUCUAACUCUGGUGAGACCAAGGCAUUACCAAAAAUUUUUGGGCAUGAACUAAGUCUUGGUAGCUCGAAGUCAAGAUCGAUUAGUAUUAACUUUUGCCCAAAGGUAGAAGAUGAUGAUUUGGUUUUAGAGUCUUACGAACUACAAGCAGUUGGUGGCAAACAAAUUUUUGGAAGUACUUUGAAUGGGAGUACCAGUAAGAUUAAGGAGGCAAAGCUAUUUCCUAAUGUAAAUCAAAUGAUUGUUGGAGGCUUCGAUGCCCAAGUAACUGCUGGUCAGCCUAAAGAUGACCUGUCACCUCCAAAUGAUGACCGGAAACCUAGGAAGAGAGGAAGGAAGCCUGCAAAUGGGAGGGAAGAACCACUUAAUCACGUGGAAGCAGAGCGGCAGAGGAGGGAGAAGCUUAACCAGAGAUUCUAUGCAUUAAGAGCUGUGGUCCCUAACAUUUCGAAGAUGGACAAGGCCUCUCUACUUGGUGAUGCCAUUACCUAUAUCACAGAUCUCCAAAGGAACAUUAUGGUUCUGGAAACAGAGAAGGAGCUGGUGAAAAAUAAGCAAAAGCCAUUGCCGGUGGCAGAGAUUGAUUUUCAGCCUAGACAUGAUGAUGCAGUCGUGAGCGUGAGCUGCCCUGUUGAUUCUCAUCCAGUUUCCCAAGUCAUCAAAACAUUCGAGGAACAUCAAGUUACAGCUCAAGACUCAAAUGUGUCAAUAGCAGAGAACAAGGUUAUCCACACGUUCUCGAUUAGAACACAAAGUGGUGCUGCGGAGCAAUUGAAAGAAAAACUUGUUUCAGCCCUCUCUAAAUGAACAGAUUAUUGUAUAUGUUGUGCUGCGGAGCAUCUCUGUGUAGAAUUGCUCCGCGGUGUUCCUGGCUGACUCGUCAGUGUUUUCUGCCGGUAAUGAUUUUGUAAUCCUACCAUAGUUAUCAAAAUCAGCUAUAUUUAUAUGAGUGUGUAUAAUAUGGGUAAUGAAUUCAUGGAGAUAGAAGAUUGUUUUGUGUUGCUUUUGAUA